AUGUCGAAAGUUGUCAGCAACAAGGAGAAGAAAUCCUUCAGCAAGAAGCUGUUCCGGAGGAGCUCGGUGCGCUCCGUGGGCAGCUUCAUGAACAGAGUCCUCCGGACACUGUCCACUCUGUCCCACUUCAGCACCGACGAGCAGGCCGCCGAGGACGAGAAGGACGACUCCAGCCUCCUCCCGAGCACCACCGGGGGGUCGUUGCCGUCCGACGACAGCGACUGCGGGGGGUUCCCCUUCGGCGACAAGGUGCCCGGGGUGGCCGGGCUCAAGAACCACGGCAACACCUGCUUCAUGAACGCGAUCCUCCAGUGCCUGAGCAACACGGAGCUGUUCGCCGAGUACCUGGCGCUGGAGCAGUUCAAAGGUGCGGAGACGAGCAGCAACAGCGGCGACAAGGCCAAGCCCAACGGGGUGCUGGUGCUGAGGAGGGCCGCCCAGCAGCAGCACGAGUCCGGGGAGGUGACGGAGCAGCUGUCCGGCCUGGUGCGGGCUCUCUGGACCUUUGAGUACACACCUCAGCACAGCAGAGACUUCAAGAAUGUUGUGUCCAAGAGUGCCCUUCAGUUCAGAGGUAACUCCCAGCACGACGCCCAGGAAUUCCUCCUCUGGUUGCUGGACAGAGUUCACGAAGACCUCAAUCAUAUCGUGCACCCUGACAUCAGACCUCCUCGGAAGCCUCCAGUGGAAGAAGAAAAUCCCCCUGAAGGAUCUCCACUACCAGCACCUGGCUCUUUUGUACAGGAGUUGUUUCAGGCACAAUACAGGUCGUCUCUGACCUGCCCUCACUGCCAGAAACAGAGUAACACCUUCGAUCCUUUCCUCUGCAUCUCACUGCCAAUCCCGGUACCUCACACACGGCCGCUAUAUGUGACAGUGGUGUACCAAGGAAAGUGCUCCCACUGUAUGAGAGUCGGGGUGGCCGUGCCGCUCUCCGGCACCGUGUCCAGGCUGAGACAAGCUGUGGCCCAAGAGACCAAAAUCCCUGCGCAACAGAUCGCCCUCACUGAAAUGUACUUCGACGGCUUCCAUCGCUCCUUCUGCGACGACGACGACGACCUGGAGAUCAUUCAGGAGAGCGACUCCAUCUUUGCCUUCGAGACACCUGAGCUGUUCAGACCGGAGCAGAUCCGCUCCAAGCGAAGCGGGAGCCCACAUGCAAAUCUGAACCAGAACAACUUGAAGUACGGCACAGACAACAACAGGAUUCCCACGCAAAUACAAGAGCCGGAGACCCCCCCGGCGAGUCCUAAUAAGAACAGCGGGCAGGCGGAGAAGAUCGUCCUGCUCGUGUGUAACAGGGCCUGUGCUGGACAGCAAGGACGCAGGUUUGGAAAUCCAUUCAUUCUGUAUUUGGAGCGAACGGUGACCUGGGACAUUCUUCAGAAAGAGAUCCUGGAGAAGAUGCGUCACAUUUUGCGCCCCGGAGCCUUUGUGCAGGUGGGGCCAUUCACGUUACGAGUGGUGGGCGUGGUUGGAAUCACGUAUCUCUUGCCUCAGGAGGAACAGCCACUCUGCCAUCCCUCUGUUGAGAGGGCGUACAAGUCCUGUGGCCCUGGAGGACCACCUCAUGUCAAGAUUGUGGUUGAAUGGGACAAGGAGACAAAAGACUAUCUCUUCAAAAGAACCGAGGACGAAUACAUCCCGGACGCUGAGAGUGUGCGUCAGGUGAAGGAGCAGCACCUGCAGCCUCAGACGUGCUCACUCGCCCAGUGCUUUCAACUCUACACCAAAGAGGAACAGCUUGCUCCGGACGACGCGUGGCGAUGUCCACACUGUAAGCAGCUUCAGCAGGGCAGCAUCAAGCUCAGUCUGUGGACCCUGCCAGACAUCCUCAUACUCCACCUGAAGCGCUUCAGACAGGAUGCGGAUCGACGGAUGAAGAUGCAGAACAUGGUGAAGUUCCCGCUCACCGGUAUGGACAUGGCACCCCACAUGGUGAAGAGGAGCCAGAGCAGCUGGAGCCUCCCGUCCCACUGGUCACCAUGGCGACGGCCCUAUGGGAUGGGCCGUGAUCCGGAGGACUUCCUCUACGACCUGUACGCGGUGUGUAACCACCACGGGACCAUGCAGGGAGGUCAUUACACAGCUCACUGUAAGAACUCCAUUGACGGACAGUGGUACUGCUUUGAUGAUAGUGACGUUCAUCCCAUGUCUGAAGAUGAGGUCUGCAAGCAGACUGCUUACAUCUUGUUUUAUCAAAGAAGAGCCACUAUUCCAUCCUGGUCUGCCAACAGCUCUGUGGGAGGUUCCACCAGUUCUUCGUUGUGUGAGCACUGGAUUAGUCGGCUGAUGGGCAGCCGUCCACCCAGCCAAGCCUCAUCUGGUUCCUCCAGACGCACCUCAUUGGCCUCCCUCUCUGAAUCCGCUGAGUUUACUGCUGAACGGAGCGAGGACGAUGGUCUAUCGAGCCGCCCAGCAGUGAGAGGAAUGCAGAGGCAAACCUUCACCUCGAGAUCCUCCAUCGCCAGUCCGUUGGUUCUCAGUGAAAACGGCACUAAACCAUCCUGGUCCCACUCUGCUAAGCUCCAGCUUCGUUCCAACUCUCCCUCACGCUUCUCCCUGGAGUCCCACUCCUCCUCCCCGACUCUGGAGAUGAUAGGAGAGGUUGUUGAUAACCAGCCGUCAACCGCCUGCUUCACUGGGUCGCCUAAGCCAGACAGACUGUCAGGGUGCAAGUUGGCCCUUGCAGCUUCAGAUAGUAAUCCUGGCAGUAAGAGGCUGAUAGAGCAGCUUCACUCCAAGGCUGUGAUACAGGCGGAGCAGAGGAGCUCCACCCAGGCUGGGGAUAACAACAACAUAGUCACUCCUGCUGAGCAAGUCAGUCCUCGACAUGGGGCAGCUGAUAAUGAGCCGAAACAAAGAAACGGGUCUGCAGAUAGCACAGGUGGUAAAAGGACCUCAGCAAAGACUGGGUUAGAGAGUGAUAGGAGUCCCAAGAAGCGUCCCACCACCUCCUCAACAUCGUCCAGCUCUUGCUCUCCUGCGUCUCCAGCCAUUGACAAGUCACCGUCUCGAACACAGGCAAAGGGUGCAGCUUCAGCAUCAAACCCCAAGGACAAGAGUGAUGGACCUCCUAAAACUAGCAAGGCUGGUUCCUCGAAAACAGCAACGCCCUCCAAAAAAGGGUCCUCUCAAACCCCGGACGCAUUACAUCCAGACUCUGCCCAACAGAAGAAGGGUGGUCCUCCAGGAGCACAAAGCUCACAUCCUCAGAGAAGGGCAUCACCUAGAGGUGGAGGUGAGAAAAGCUCCACCUCUGCAAGGACUAGAGCUGCAGAAAGGAGUGCAAGCCGUGAUUCCUCACGGCCCAAUGCGGCUUCGGAAAGAAAGGUCAGCCACGGAGGACCUCCCUCCAGGUCAAGUGCCGCGAGUAGAGCGGAGGGCAGGCCGGGUCGGGCUUCAGAGAACAGGGAGGUGGCCCGUAACUCUAGCAGUAGCUCCUCCGUGACUAGUCUCAGAUCCUCGAGCGUUGGGGUCUCGUCUUCGAGCUCAGCACCACCAUCAAGGGGACCUCGUAUGAACAGUAAGACGGAGGACAAAGGUCUGUCCUUCUUCAAAACUGCUCUGAGGCCCAAGGAGACCCGUAAGUCAGCUGAAGGUGGGAAAUCAGGGACAGCAGAGGCUAAAGCAAGUCCAGAGGAAAGUGUUGGUGAUGCAGCUAAAGAAGGAAGCCAACAUGCAGCAAGCAGGAAAGCCCAGAAUGGGGCUUCCGAGGCCCCGAGUAACGUGACCACAGCCAAAGACAAGGAAUCCUCGAAGGCAUCUGCCGCAGCCAAGCAUUCACUGCUGCCCGCCACAAAGUCCAAGCUUUCUGGAGCAGAAACGACAACCCAUUCCUCCGCCAAGGCAAAGGACCUUUCAAAGAAGGAGCCUGCUAAAAAGACAAUGCAGUCCCGGAAGAUCCCCAUCAACUCUACACAAUCCAGCCAGAGGUCCAAGUGA